UAAUAUGAACUAAGCAGUUGCACGUGUUAAACGCAAUACCUAUCAAUUUUUGGCAAAUUAAAUAAUAAUGACUAAAAUACCUAUGUUUAUAUUUUCAUGGUUUUCCCGCCGUAUUUAUCGAUGAUAGUAUGAUACUAUGAUGGACAUUAUAGUCGGAUAACGAAUACUUAUUAGUUAUUACUUAUUACUUAAUAAUAGGUACAUACUACUAUGUCCAAUAAAAGUUAUUUUGAUUUUUCCUUGUCAUUUGUUCGGUUAUUAUUACUUCUUCUUGUUAUAAAUAUUAUAAUUAAUUAUUUUUAAUUUUUUACAUUCGUUAUUCCGAUUAGUUAUUCUCACUGUCGAAUUUAAUAUGGCGAAUCACAUUAACUUUAAAAAAUAUACUGAUUUGCUAUAUAAUUAUGAUGGAUCAAAAAAUAAUGCAACUUCAACACCAGUUUAUGGACCUUAUGAAAAAUUACACCUCAGUGAUUGGGGUCAAUCCGAUAUACAUCACGAUAUUGUGCAGGCCUUUGAUGAAAUUAAUAUUAAACAAAUGAAACCAAUACAACAGAAUUCAUUUUUAUACUUGAUGAAACAUUAUAAUACGGCAAUGAUUGGUUUUUCAAAAGGAAAAUCAGUUUCUUACUUAGCAAGUAUUUACUCUUCAAUUAUGAAAAACAGUGAAGAUAAAGUGAAAAAUACUGUCAUUGGGCCCAAAGCUAUUAUACUUAGUAGUUCUUUAGGAUCAUGCUCUGUAUUAGAAGAUUUAUCAAAAAGACUUUUUUCUUCGACUAAUAAAAAGAUUAAUAUUGUUGUAGCAUAUGAGUCUAUUUCAGUACAACACACAAUAGCAGCUUUGUGUAAUGGAUGUGAUAUUUUAAUUGCUACUCCAACUGGCCUCCAAAAUUUACUUACUCAAACAAAAAUAUUUAGUUAUUCAAAUUUAAGACAUUUUGUUUUUGAUAAUAUAGAUCUACUGCUGGAUAACUAUAAAACUAUAAUGGGUUAUCUUUUUAAAAUUUUAAUUAAACUUAAAGAAAAAGAAAAAUAUAAUAUACAAUUAAUAUCUGCAUCAGUCAGAUGGAAUGAAGAAGUUGAUACAUUUUUAAACCAGUUGUUCCUGAAAUGGCAAUAUAUUUUUGGAUCUCCCCUAGAAGCUGCUCGUUAUAUGAAAAUAGGAUUUAAUGUUGUACACGUUAAGGAUGAUAAACUCGAAAAAAUAUUACAGUUCUUAAAAAAUAAUAUAAAGUGCAGUCAAAGUGUUUUGGUUACAUCUAAUGUUGAUGAACUCUGCAUAAUAUCUAGUUAUAUUCAACAACAUAGUUCUAGUAUAGAGGUAUUGGUGCCAUGUAAAAUGAGAAUUUCUAAUGUUUAUACAUUGCAAGAAUGGAAUAAGCCAUUAGAAAAAAAACAACGUUUAUUAAUUUGUAGUGACGAUAUGUUAAUUGAUUUUUAUAUUGUUGAUGCUGAUUGUUUAAUACAUUAUGAUAUUCCUGCUGAUAAACACAAAUUUUCAAUAAGAUUCAGUUUUCUACAAAAUUCUAACAAUGUUCUUAAAAAUAAAGACCAGAGUACUUAUAUAUUUUUAAGUAACAAUAUUAAAGACAUGUUGCAGUUGCCAAAAAUAGUAGAAAUCAUGAAAGUUUUUGGUAAAGGUGAAGUGGAUCCUAUUUUACUGAAACAUGCCAAGAAUAUCAUUGACUCUCUAGAAAAAGAAAAGAUAAAUUGUGUUUUCUGCAGCGAAAUACAACAAUUUGGUUAUUGUUCUAAACCUAUGACAUGCCAGAGUCGUCAUAUUUUAUUCAAGGAACAUGAUGAACCUGGUGUUAACAUUCCUAGAUCUGGAUUAGCUAUUGUAAAAAUUUUAAAAGUUUAUGAUGCAUCUCACAUUUCUGCUAAACUUUUAAAAGUGAAUAAUACAAAUAAUCUCAAUGAUGAACAACAUUGGUCAAAUGUAGUGGACCAUUCUGAUGUCAUUAAUUCUAAGCUCAGUUCUUACUUUUCAAAUAGGAAUUCUGAAGUUCUUCAUGAAAACCCUAACCCUGGAGAUAUAGUUGCUGUAAAGAUUAAUAAUUCUGGAAAUAUAAUCAAUACUGAAUAUUUCAGGGCACUUGUUAUCAAUGUAGUUGACAAAAAUACAAAAAACCCUAAAGUGAGGGUUAAGCUAAUUGAUGAAGGAUAUGUUGAAACUAUAUCGAAAUGGAAUGUAUUUUUGUUACCUGAUAUGUUAAGAAGUAUACAUACUACUACUGUCGAUAUGUUUUUGGCAUCCGUUAAACCAAUUGGCUUUGAUAAAACAUGGUGCACCCAUGCUAACAAUCAUGUUGUAAAACAUUUGAAGGAUGCUAAUAUUUGCAAUAAUCCAAUUAUUGUUAAGAUUAAAAUGGCCUUAGGAACUACUAUAUGGAUAAAAAAACUAUAUGAAAAAUAUUGGGAUUCAGAUUUAAAGAAAUAUGGCUUUGGAGAAAUUUUGCCUGAGGUUUUAUUUAAUAUUGGCUACGCUGAUAUAAAUUUUGAACAUAUCGAAAAUUUAAUAGAAUUCAGUAUUUCAGCUGGUAUUGCCACGCCACUCCAAUUAAAAAUGAAUGUUGAGGAUAAUAAAGAACUCAGCAUAGACGAAUAUAUGUCAAUUUAUAAAUUGCCUCAACCCCAAUGGGCACAUUUGGAGCAAAGUAUCACUUUAGUAACUGUAAAAUGUUUUAUCAGUCCUAAACUGUUUUUUGUUGAUAAUGUCAAGUACUAUGAUAGACUUGGCGAUCUUCAACUAAUGAUUGAUAAAUAUGUAGAAGAAAAACAGCCAGCAAAGUUAAAACAUGUUAUUAGUGGAGCAAUUUGUUUAGCUAAACAUCCUCAAACUAAUUUGUAUAACCGCAUUAAAAUUAUUGAAAAAUGUGGUAAUGGAAUUGUUGAAGUUUUUUUUGUGGACACUGGAGAUUUUUUUAAUAUUAAAUUACACUUAUUGCUUAUAAUACAUCCAGACUUAAUUACUUACUUACCAUUCCAAGCGAUUGAAUGUAGUUUAAGUGGCAUUAAAGAUAUAUUACCUACAGGCAAUGAGCUAAAUGAACUAAUUGAUUAUUUAUUUGAUAUGACUGAAAAUCAAUUAUAUUUAAAAGUAACUGACACUAUUUCAUCAACAACGUUUACUGGCGGCAGUCUCUAUGAAGUGAUUUUAUAUGAUGAAGAUAUUAAUAUUAAUUUAAAGUUUCAGACUAAAUUCAGUCAAUAUUGUGAUCACGCUAAAAUGUCUACAUUUUUAAAUUUAAUAAACAAUGAAUAUAAUGAAGAUAUUAUUGUAGAUAACGAUAAAGAUAUUCCAUAUUUUAUUGAUGAAACUAAAUUCGAAAUUGAAGAUAUGAAUUCUAAUGAAUUAAAAAUACAACAAGAAUUUUUUAAAGAAUUUGGAACUGCUGUUUUUGGAGAAGCUUAUGCAAAAAUGUUUGAAAGUACAGAUCAAAAUAUUCAAGAUGUCAAAAAAGAAGAUUCUUUAACAAUCACAGAUAUAACACCAUUAAAUGAAAGUGAACUUCUAAAAGAUUACACUAAUGUUGAACCAUUUAAACCUAAUGAAAUUAUACCCACUGGUAAUAUAACAAUGAUAAAGGAUAAUGUAUCUAUGCUAAAUAAUUGCAAACAGGAACGUAGGGAAAAACGACGAAAAAUUUGUUUGACAUGCAAUACUAAUAUACAUUCAAUCGUUCCUAUAUGCACUUGGCAUCAAGAUAGAAAUUUUAUUUAUUUAAAACUCAAUAUUCUUGAAAUAGAUGAUUUUAAUUUGGAUAGUACAAUGGAAAGUAUUAAGUUUAAAUCUCAAUUCAAAAAUUUUACAUAUAUGUUUUGUGUUAGGCUUUAUGGAUUUAUUAUGAAUAAAAAUAUAAUACAUAGACAUAAUUAUGAAGGUUUCUAUAUCAAAGCUGAAAAGUUGUUCAAAACAGAUUACAAAUGGCCACAGUUGUUUUUAUGUAGUAAACAUCAUAAAUAUGUGAAAUAUGAUACAGAACACAUUGAAAUUAAAGACUUUUCCAUCUGGAUAAAAGCCAUGAAUGGAUUUAAAUUAAAAGCCAAAGGUGUUCCUCUAAACUUAUUGGAUAAUGAAAGUUCUAAUAGUGAUUGUUGUAGUGACAGUGAAGACAACUUUGAUUUUGACGAUGAAAAUAAUUUAAUAUAAUUUAAGUUUUAAUGUUAUAUAUUAUCUUUUUUGUUAUUGUUAACAAGUUUUUAAGUUAUUUUAUUUUAAUUCUAAGAUGACCAGUAUAAUGUAUACCUAUAUUUACGAAUAAAUAAAUAAAAUUAUAACUAUUUAUCAA